GCUAGAGAGUCCCGCAGAUAGGAACAGCAGAUGUUGUCGACAAGACGCGCAACUACUAAAGGCUACCAGGCAAAUUUCAAGUAAUCGGCGCAGCUGCAUUAAACUACAUGUUCAUGGUACGCGACUUGCCUUCUACUGAGUGGCUGGGUAUUACGUUGCCCAUAUAGUGGCUCUUUCUGUUGCAGUCUCAUUGCCAUUGGCGUACGCUCUUGUGACAGACAGGCAAAGACAAAAGGUUGCUUCUAGGAACUCGCGAAUCUUAAUUACAACUUCAGUCUUACGCGUUCACGUUCCAGUUGUGCAUUUUGGUUUACACUAUUAAACUUACCGCCAAUAUGAUGGACAUUGACGAACAGCAAAUUGAGGGAGCCGAUGCUGCUGUUGGGGCGGGAAGUAGAGCAAUGGAGGGUCCCGCAGGCGGAGCAUCAAGUAAAAAGCGCUUUGAAGUAAAAAAGUGGUCAGCUGUAGCACUCUGGGCUUGGGACAUCGUUGUUGACAACUGUGCCAUCUGUAGAAACCAUAUUAUGGAUCUCUGCAUUGAAUGCCAAGCCAAUCAGGCCUCUGCAACGUCUGAAGAGUGCACCGUAGCCUGGGGAGUUUGCAACCACGCGUUUCACUUUCACUGCAUCUCUCGGUGGCUUAAGACGCGACAGGUGUGUCCUCUAGACAAUCGCGAAUGGGAAUUCCAAAAAUACGGUCAUUAAAUCACGUUGUAUAUAGUAAUUUCUCCAUGACUCGAACUGUGAAAAUAGGUGUAUCGUGUAUGUGGAAAUAAGUCAACUUGAAUGUUGAACAUAGUCAUCAAAGUGGAAAAAUAAAUGACGGGUGGCAAACGAAAAACUGAAGACUUCAGGGCUGCCCUGGCCAAGGGCUGCCUCCGCUUGCUUAAGCCCUAUAAUUGUCUUCACGACUUACGACUUACAGUUCUGCAAGGUUAUUACGGAUAAAGCAAAAUAAUGGAAUUGUUAAAGCGAGGUGAAGCAAUGUGAUAAAUGAAACUACAAAUAAAUGAGACGAUAAAGUUCUUAAAUAAAAAUAAAUUUGCGUUGUCGCGCACUAAUAAUGA